AUAAAUACGACAGAAUGUCAAAAUAUUGCAAAAUUGUUGUGUAAAAUGAUUGAAAAAACCGGCUUUGUGGUGGACGAAGUCUCGGAAGAGUCGUUCUACCAGAAUUUACUUUUGGGCAUCACAAAGACUCUUGAAAGCAGCCCGUGCGUUCACAACACGAACUUGCGCCGCUACAGGGGCUUGAAAGACACGGACAUAAGAGCAUGGGAGCACAACAAUGGCGUCCUACUAUCGGAGGACAUGAGGAACUUUUAUUCCUCCACGAAUGGGUUUCUGUUCACGUACAAUUUCGCUUACGAGAACAACGAGGGUAAGGUGAUAGCGGCGCUGGGAAAGAUAGAAAUGAACCCGUUGGAAAACAUGUCGAGAACUUACGGGUACGAGACCAAACCCAAGGGCGAGAUAGAGACCGUGGAGGGAAAGUACAAGCUGUGUUUGUCGCGGGAGAGUAAAGUUUUCGAGCUAUCGAAAAUCGACGACAACAACAAGGUGGUUUUGGUCUACGUGAACAUUUACUGUCUGAGCAGCAUAUGGCUGUACUGCGCGCCCUAUCAGUUUUAUUUCCUGGCGGACGAUUUCAUAACCUACUUCAGGAUGUGCAUAGCGCACCUGGGCAUCCCGUACUGGCAGUUCAUGGUCACCAACGAGGGAAUCCCCGAAUGGAGCCGGGAAAUGUUCCACAUAAUCGCCCCGGGCGUUCUGCAAGAAGACCGCAACCUCAUACAAAUCAACAAGAAAGAAUACGAAGAGUUAAACAAACUCGACGUCAGCAUUUUCACCAUGCACCACCAGUACAACGAAAAUAACGCCCAGAAAAACAAAGAACAAACCGUCGCGUCACCGCAGCACACUUCGAAGAAAAAAACGAAGAAGUCGACCAAAGUAUCGCAUCCGACGAAGGCAAGGAAGUCAUAAAAAGGCAAAUAAAAUGUAUGUUAAACAUAUACUAUUUUAUUAUUCAAAAAACAACAAUUACAUAUACAAUAAAUAAUACAGUACGACCCAAGUUUAAUUAAUAACACCGCCGAGUUUCAGAUGAGCAAACAUUUUGUUUUGAUAAUGAGAAGCCAAAAUCUAUGGCACGCCGUUUUAGUAUUUAUUAGAUAAUAGUUUAAAGAUUUUACAAAGUUAAGUAACAGCUUAAAAAUAUUGAUUUUAAAAAAUUAUUACUAAUAUUUUAAAUGAUAGUCGAUACAUUUUUAAUACAAAAAUUCUCACAUUCAUUUAAAUGUAAGUUAUAAAUUUUAAAGUGGUAAUUUUUGGAUUUAAAAUACAGGUUGUUAUAUAAUUAAUGUAAUAUAUUAAAAUACUUAGUACCUUUUGAAAUAAGGUGUAACUGAAAGAUAUUUAAAAAAAUAUUUUCCCAAAGAUAAAGAAAAAAUAUGCAUUAGAAGUUUUUUAUAUGUUUUGUGAUACGCCACAGGUUACACACUUGUGUUCUGUGAGUACAUAGAUACCAACCAACAAAGUAGCUGCGCAUUGCCAGUUGUAAAAAAUUGUCACUAAAAUACCUUUUUGUAUUUAUUUACUCAUCCAGCUAUUAGCUUAAGCAAUGAUUAGAAAAUUUAGUACCUAUUUUAAAAAAUCCAUAACCAAAAAAUUAAUUUUUUCAUCGAUCUUAAGAUAUUUACAAUUUGAGCAUAUAACCUAAAAUUUGAAAGAAAUUCACUAGAUUCUGUCAUAAAAGUUGCCAGAUUUUGUUUGAAUUUACCUCCAUUACAAAAAUGACAUAAUCAACAAUUAAUAAAAACGCCAAAUUAACAAUUUGCAUUGUGGAUUUUGUCAUUUUUGUAAUUAAGCUAAAUUUAAACAAAAUCUGGCAACUUUUUUUGACAGAAUCUGGAAACGCUGCUUGUUACCAACCAUAACAGAAUAAAUUAAAUUAGGCAACCAGAUUAGCCAAAAGCUCCUAGUCGAUCAGUGGCGUACUUUUUGGUAGGAUAAAGGUUGUUAUAAAUUAUUUUUAGUCUUUAGAAUUUAGAAAAAAAAGUUUUAGGUGCUUCUUUGUGGACCCAUUUUAAUAUAUUACAUUAAUUACAUAACACCCUGUAUGUUUGUGUUAAAAAUGUUUCAAAUUUGUUAAAAAUAAAAGUAAUUGGUUUAAAUUUGUAAAGAGUCAUUUAUAUAAAUUUUUAAUCCAAAAUUUAAAAUGUAAUGUGAGAAUUUUUGUAUUAAAAAUUUAUAUAAACGACUCUUUACAAA